AUGUCUGCCAAGACUUCCAAAGAUCUAUGCGCGCUCCGCGAUCAAACCGUUGCGGCAGUUCAAGCAUUAAAAAAUUUAGAGCGACCGGUGGAGCAUUGGGACGACAUACUGGUUUUUCUAGUCUCGCAGAAACUCGAUAGCAAAUCCAGAGAAGCGUUGGAGCUCAAGCUCGGAGAUACCGUCGACUCUCCGACCUUCCGCGAUCUCACUCAAUUCAUGGACUGUCGCAUCCGCGCGUUAGAAGCAUUGGGUCCUGUUCAUUCCAAAGAACGAACAUCGGAAAAUGCUAAAUCCGCGAAACACCACAUUCUCGCAUCUCAUUCAGCAGCCACGAUUAAUUUCGUGUGUCCUGUCUGUAACCAUAACCAUUUGUUAUACCAAUGCUCGACCUUUUUAAGCCAAACGCCGUCUCAACGCGGCGAAUUGAUCCGAAAAUUCAAGCGCUGCAUUAAUUGUUUCAGCGCAAAACAUAUGGUUAAAGAAUGUACAAGUUCUCGAGCGUGCAAGAAAUGUAACAAGAAACAUCACACUUUACUGCAUCUCGAUAUGUCAGUCAAAUCGAGCAGUGCCGAAUCGUCCGGUAUGACCGGGCACGCGAGCGAAAACAGCGAUCAAGCCAUUGCUACGCAUGUCGUUUCGCAAACCAUUUCGCCCAACUCGAAAAUUCUCCUCGCAACAGCUCGUGUGCGCGUGCACUCGCCGCACGGCCAUACCGCGAUGGUCCGCGCACUUAUCGAUCAAGGUUCGGUAGCGACGCUCAUGACCGAGUCGAUCGCGCAAUAUUUACGAUUACCAAAAAUUAAGCAAGCCGUUUAUGUCACCGGGAUAGGAGAUACGAAAUCCGCCGUGCGCUACGCCGCGCCUAUCACGAUAACGUCUGCAUCGGGCGGCGGACCAGCGUAUACGACGAAUGCCCUCGUUCUCAGAUCAUUGACGAAAUAUACACCAAAUAGACUCCCGUCUAGUGGUCUAUGGAAACAUAUUUCCGGACUCACCCUUGCCGAUAACGAACCUAUGAGUUUGGAUCCGAUCGAAUUAAUAAUCGGAGCCGACCUUUACGGCGGACUGCUCCUCGACGGUGUCCGCAAGGGCUCCGCGAACGAACCCGUCGCGCAGAAUACGACAUUCGGCUGGAUUCUGUCCGGUCCUGUCACUCCCUCCGCUACCUACUCCAGUGAAUCCGUGCAUAUUCAUCAUGGCACCGUUUUCGAAAUCCUUGAUCAGGACCUUCGUCGCUUCUGGGAAAUUGAGAACGUUCCGCAAAACUCUCCGUUUAGUCCCGCCGAAAUCCAGUGUGAAGAGCAUUUUGUCGCGACUCACUCUCGCACUACCCAAGGACGUUAUAUUGUUAGGCUGCCCUUUAAGAAUGGCCCUCCCGUGUCGUUAGGCGAGUCCCGUCAGAUCGCGUCGUCCUUUCUAUAUAAACUUGAAAACAGAUUGUGCCGCCAACCGAAACUAGCCUCCGAGUACAAUGAGUUUCUCUCGGAGUACUACCGUCUUGGUCAUAUGGCCAAAAUUAGAGACUCAUCAGGAGCAAGCGACGCAACUUAG